AUCAACAUAAAUUAAUUUUUCUGACGCUACGAGUAUUUCAGAUGUAACUAGAGUAUAUCAAUGUAUUUAAUACAGUCUCCAUUCAAAAGAAGAUUCGAUGAUGAAGUAUAUCAAAUGUAAAUGACUGGCUGCGCAGAAUAACCUAGAAGAGAUCGAGAUAAACUUUGCAACGGUUGACAGCUGCAGUUGGUCCAAGCGGGAAUUUGAAGUCAGGAUGAAAUCCUAGAAUUAUUUAAUGAGUUACAUUUGUACAGUAUUAGGGACAUUUAUUUUAAAAUUUUACAACUGUGAUUUUUAUCUCACGAGAUACAAUGAAUCCCAGCCAAAUGAAAGAGCUCGAACGGCUGAAGAAAGAUAAGAGGAAAGCUGAGCAGAGAAAUGACUAUCGGGAAAUGGCAAAACUCUGCAAUGUCAUUGGAGAAUUCUUGAUGCGUCAUGGUGAAUAUCAAGAUGCAGUUGAUGAACACAAACAGGAACUUCAUCUGAGUGAAUCACUCGAGGAUGUCAUAGGAUCUGCCGUAGCCAAUAGGAAAAUAGGAGAAUGCUUCUGCGAAAUGAAUGAAUAUAAAAAUGCUCUCAAAUUUCAAAGACGACAUUUAGAGCUUGCGGAAAGCUGCACGGACAAUGUUGAGAUUCAGAGAGCUUGGGCGACAAUUGGAAGAACAUUUUUAAAUCAAAGCGAGGCUCUUCGGGAAAGUGAUGAUGAACGCUCCCAGAAUGCAUUGCGGAAGUCUGAGGAGUCAUUUAUGAAGAGCCUUGAGUAUUGUCAGCGUUUGAAAACAUCUAUUCCUGUCCCUGAAUAUACUGAGAUGAAAGUUAGGCUUCUUUUGAACCUUGGACUUGUCCAUGACAGCAAAGAUGACAUUCAUACCUGCUACCAGUAUAUCAAACAAGCAAUAUCUCUGGCAGAGAAGAAUAAACUACACGAGGACCUCUAUAGAUGUCACUUCAGUAUGUCGGGUAUAUUUAAAGCUAAAGGUAACUUCAUCAAAGCUAUACACCACGCUGACCAAGCCCUGCAAUGUUGUAGUAAGCUGAAGGACAAAUAUGUACAGAGUGACGUUUUGUAUUAUAAAGCUCUGUGUCAAUUGGAGCUUGGUGUAUAUAGUUCUGCCUUGAAGUGUUUGAAACAAGCCAGUAAGAUUGGUGCCCCGACCAGUGAGGAGCGCGAGAGGAAUGAAACUGCUCUCAAAGCAGUGAUAAGGUCACAAAAGCUGAACAAAGCUAUCGGAAAUUGUUCUACAACAGAAUAUGGGAAACUUAUGAAGCUCUAUGAGAAACAGGGAGACACACUAGCAGAUAUGAAACUUUUCACCCAUGCUCUGAAAAGCUAUCAGAAAAUGUUGGAGUAUGCGGAGAAGUUAGAGAAACCAGAAAGAGAUAAAAUCCCUAUUUACAUCUCACUGGCUCAGACCUACCUCGACAACAAACAGUACCAGGAAGCGAUAGAGUAUUUCACUAAAGAGUUGGAUUGUCGCAAGAAAGAACCAAGUCAGGCUUGCAGGACUUGGUUGUCUAUAGCUGAGUGUCAAGAGGGACAAAAAGUGGAUUAUGAUGUCAUACACAAAUCUUAUGUCACUGCGCUAGAAUGUGCAAAUAGAGCAGAACAUUACAAACUACAGAUCAGAACAUUAAAGGGGCUGUCCAGUUUACAGCAGACCCAUAACCACAAAGAGGAAUUUAACCUUACAGUACGUAAGAUGGAGAAAAUCAAACAGAAACAUGACAUUGAUUCAGAUGAUGAUGUUGAUGCAAUGGACGAAUGCUCAGAGGACAUCUUGAAUAAUGAUGUUGUGGAAUCUGAUAUUGACCUUGAUGACAUAUCUGAUAGUGAUGGCAGCAGUGACAAUGAGGAGCGUGAUGAGCCAUUACCUGACAACCGACCAAGAUUUUCCCGCAAGUCUGCAAUGUUGAUGAAAAAGAAUGAGAAAGGGGAGACCCCGCUCCACAAGGCCUGCAUUGAAGGAAAUAUGAAACGUGUGAAAGCUCUUGUGGAACAGGGACACUUGGUAAACCCAAGGGACUAUUGUGGUUGGAUUCCUCUACAUGAAGCAGCCAAUCAUGGUUUUACAGACAUUGUUGAAUAUCUGAUACAACAUGGAGCCAACAUAAAUGAUCGUGGAGGGGAUAAGUGUCAAGGUGUCACUCCACUAUUGGAUGCUGCUAGUGCAGGCAAUUUAGAAGUCAUCACAGUGCUGGUUAACAGUGGAGCCAAUGUGCACAUGAAGGAUGAUGAGGGGUCAAAUGCACUAGACUCACUCAAAGCAUACAGACAGAGAUCUGUAGACUGUUUAACCAAAGAUGAAAUGGCAGAAGUUAGAAGUGUAGAAAGACAGCUUAGGAGUAUCAUGCAAGGAAAUACAAACAAAAUCACAUCUGAAUUCCCAUCCAGUUCAACUGCAGAAAUUCAGCCUGAGAGCCCUUAUAAAAGACCAGAGAAAUCAAGAGCAACUCAGAGAAAUACCAGAGCAUUCAUAAAUGACAGUCCUGAUGUUGCUAGUGACUCCAGUUUGGACGAAGAUGAUGCUGAUAUAUUAGGAGCCACUCUACACACCAAUACUAGGGUUACCCCUGCAGAUAUUGCCAUCUCAAGAAAGAGGAAAGGGAAAUCAAGAGAGAACAUUCCAGUAACUCCAGAUGAGGAGAGUGAAUCAGAUAGUGAAAAUGAGCAUCCUCCUUUUAAUACACAUUCAAUUGACAGUGCAAUAGAGAAUCCUGUUAUUGAAGCAUCCAAUGCCAGGAAUGAUUAUAAAAAUGCAAUAGAUGCUUUAAAAAGCUCAAGUAGGCGAAGUUUAACUCAGGUGGCCAAAUCGACUGCUAAACCCAAAUUUUCUACCAAUCAGAAAUUUAAUGCACUGAUUUCUGAGGACGAUGUGCAAGAUGAUUGGCUGAUUGAUGAUCUCGGGCCUGAGACUAAAAAGCGAAAACUAGACAUUGAUGGGGUUUUCUCCACAUCUUCAACCAGAGAACAUAAACCUCAGUCCUCGAAAUCUGUGUCAAAUAACUCAAUGGUAUCAUCUAGUAGAGCACCAAGGGCUAGCCCUACAUUUGAACCACAUGAAACCUUUGAUGACCAAAUCAUUGCUGAUGAAAAUUCAGAUGAGGAAUCUAAAGAAAACACUAAUGCAGUAAAUGAAAAUAAUGAAAUCGAUCUACAAGAUGUCAAUGUUAUCAAUGAUUUAUUAAACAAUGACAUAGAGGAAAUGGAUUAUCAGUCAAAACGAGAGAAUACAUCAAAUGUAAAAGCUAAAAGGAAGCAAUUAAAAAUGACAGCAUACACAGAGAGAACACAAAAACCUCCAGUUGUGUUGACUCAGCCUUUACAACAUUCCAUCCUGGCAUCGAAUGCACCAUCAGUGGUGCCACCUAUGCAGUAUAAAUCCCCAAUGCCAUCAAUGAUACGUUUAAAAGUUGAAAUCCGAGGCAAGAAAUUCAUGAUUCCAGUUCCACAGGGAGAUGACAGCAAGACAAUUGAUUGGUUGGCGCAAGAAGCAGCAAGACGUUACAACAGAGAAGUAGGCGUCAAACCAAUACUGAGUCUGAAGUCAAUAGAUGGCGCCAUAUUUGCCCCGGAGGACCCUGUAUGCUUUGUCCUAUCACAUGACGACCAGCUGAUAGCAGAUGUUACUGACUGGGAAGUUCCCCCUUUACAUGACAGUUAUGUACAAGUCUGUGCAACACUUGGUAUUAAGUCCUAUCAGAAUAUUAAGACAAUCUUGGGAAAAACGACAAAUGUGUUGAACCUGGGCAACUAUGCGCUACCUUCCAGCCAAAUGCAGGCCAUAGUCAGAGUUACACAGAGACAGAUAGCAUUGAAGGAACUCAACUUUGCAGGUAAUAAGUUAGAAAACAGUGGCUUAAAGGAGCUUAGUGCUGCAUUGAAGACUCUCCCCAAUCUUACUACUCUUAGUAUUGCUUGUAAUGAUAUCACUAACGAAGGACUUGGCUACUUGAAGGAUGUGCUGUCUGAGGAAUCUCCACCUUUGCAGUUACUUGGGAGUUUAGACUUGAGUUUCAACCCUCUUGGAGACACGAGUCUUACUACAAUAGCUGGGAUACUAGAGCACUUACCUCUAUUGUCCAGCUUGAGCCUAGAGAUGUGUGAGAUCACACCAACAUUCUUCAUACAGAAGGAGGAGCUGUUGAAGACUGCAUUCAAAGGUGCACAUUUAAAACAACUGAACAUGGCCUCAAACAGUCUAGGUCAUGAAGGUGUUGCAUCUCUAUUACAAUGCCUCCCCCUAAUGCUCGACUCACUGACCCUGGACAGCACUAUAGACAACUCAGAUGUCCCACAGUUAGUGCUGUCCUUGCAGCGCUAUGUAGAACAGACGGAUUGUAGUUUGACAACACUGAGUAUGAAGGACUGUGGACUCCUCCCCGAUAAUGUUACAGCUAUAGAGCAAUGCCUUUACAACUCAAAUAGCCUGACUACAGUGGAUAUUUCGUAGAAACAUCUGAAACAUGUUACCUGAAACUCAAACGUCAUGCAGCAAUCCUUAUAGACUGCAAAUGAACAUUUCAAAAGGGAGGACACUCCCAUUGUCAUACACAAUGGGUACAUAUCUGAGACAUAUUGGCAAGAGGACCAGCAAACUCUGCUGGUGAUGUCAUAAAGAAUAUGUACAUGUAAAUGUACUUAAAAAGUAUAUUAAAAGAUUACAGUUUGAUAUAGUUCUGCAAAAUUUCAAUAUAUGGUACUAGAUUUUGAUAAUCUUUACCCUCAUGAUUGAUUUUUAAAAACUACUA